AUGGCGAAGGAGGAGGAGACCCUUCUAAGUGCUCUUCCAGGUGGACACUUCCCCUUCCAGGAGCCGGGAGAGGAUGCCGCCGCCGCCGCGCGGGUCGGGGCUCCGGCCGAGAGGAUCUCGCUGCACCAUUUCUGCGCCAGCCUCCGCGAGCAGCGGGUGCAUUUCCACGCCAUGCGCCUGCGGGACUCCCUCUUCCUUUGGGUCGGGGCGGGCCCCGAGCUCAGCAACCUGGCCGUAGCCAUGUGCACCCCCCGCGACUCCAUUCCAGCAUCUACCUUACUGUUUGGUGAUGCCUCUGAUAGUACCUCCAGUUCUUUAGCCCAAAGAUUAGCCAGCAAGACUAAGAAACAGAUUUUUGUCAGUUAUAACAUUCAAAAUACAGACAAUAGCUUCAUUCUGCUUGUUGAAAAUCGCAUCAAGGAAGAAAUGGCAGCUUUUCCAGACAAAUUUUAGCUUGGUAUCAUUGUAAUGUAAUUGCCUUUUUGUUUCUAUAUGAUUCUUUUUGUACAUACAUGUGUAUAUAGAUAUAUAUUUCGCAUUAAAAGGCCAAGAGCUUA